CUGAAGCUAGUAGGCUAAGAAUAGAAAGUUGCCAACCCUUUACAAUGAAAUAAAUGCUUCUAUUUAUACCCGCCAAUGGGCAGGUGGCUGUACUGACGUGGCAGCCUGUGGACCGCUGGUGCCCCAACUACCAAAUCUUCAGCAUUAAAUGCACUUCCCGCCAGAAUCUAGGUUUCCCGCCCAAUCAGUGGGGACGUUCGUCCGCCCGGGAAGUGAGUCGGAUCGCUCCAAGUGACCCUCAAGAGAUACCGGCUGUUCGUCUCCUGGCCUUGAUAGAUACUCACCAUGUGGACUGGGUUUCCUCCGAUGACCAUAGGCUUGGCAUGGGGACGUUCGUCGUCAUCCCUGGUGGCCCGUGGCCCUGCUCCUUGUCCCUGCAUAGACGCUCGUCGGGAUGAGCCGCUGGGCCUGAACUCCCAACCCCAGACGUUCGUCCAUCCUCAAGGAACAUGGGCCUGUGGGCUGGCCUUGUGUUCUAACUGGACGUGCGUCUGGUAAGGAGGGGUUAGUGGGCCGGACCUCGGCUUGGGCCCUUAACCCAACACAAGUCCCCCACUUCUGAUGUUCUGAGCAUGCGCAGGACAUAAGGAAGUAUGAACUCCCUCGAAGUAGACGUUCGUGUCUUGAUACUUGCGUUUACUGCAUCCGGUGGAAGCGUACGCUCGUGGUCAUGGUACUUGACAGCUGUCGACGAUUCAGGAAACGAGAUGACGGCUGCUGUAGCGGCGGUGCAUUUUCCCGAGGAAGUGUCAUCAUUACGCUUCCAUCCCACGCACGGCGCGUGAGCCGGACCACGCUCCUUGCUACGUGUCAACCCCUCGUUGGCCCCUUAACCGGUGCUCCCCCUAUAAAUGCCGGGUUUUCCCCCUGAAUUAGGGUUCCCAAUUUCUGCUCCCUUGCCUGAGAAUCUCCGCUGUUCUUCGAGUUCUCUGUUUGGCUUCUGAGUUCAGCUAGCCUCUUUGUAAGGUAAUUUCCCUCCUCUGAUUCUUUUCUUUGUUCUGACUCCUAGCCGAAAUGACUUCGAUGGAGAUUUCGUCAAGUUCUGAUUCCGGUUCGUCGGGUUCCUCUUCGGACUCCUCUUCUGACAAUGUGAAUGCGCGCUCCCCGGGAAAGGCCAGUGUUUCUGGGACUUCUGGUUCGGCCACGACGGUAGGGACCAUCCGGGCUGAUGGUGAGCCGGAUGACGCUUCCCAAGGUAGUAGGAGCGAUGCUGGGGAUGGAAAUGCCGACGGGGCAGUAGAUGUUAUUGACGCAGUCCCCUUGAAUGAGCGCCCCGCCGAUUAUGAUUCUGGGGAGGAGGCCGAAUCAGGUUCUGACAUGGAGGUGCAUGAUCUGGGCAUCCCUACGGACAUGGAGCGCCACAUCUGUCCGAUCCGAAGCGCCCUCGACCAUGAUCAAGUCCUCUCCCGCGUGGCUCUUAACAAAAUCCGCACCUUCUUCCCCCCGCCGUUCGUCUGGAGCGUGAGAGGUGCCGAGCACGUGAUGAGGAGGCGUCCGGGGAUGAUCAUGCUUCAUUUGGACUCCGUUGAAGCCGGGCUGCGGUUUCCACUUCAUGCAUUUUAUGUGGAGUUCUUCCACUGCUUCCAAGUGGCCCCGGCGCAAUUCAUGCCAAAUUCUUAUAGGUUUAUAUCGGCCUUCUUGGUGCGCUGCAAACUUGCGGGAGUCGAUGCCACCUUGGAUCUGUUCCACUACUUCUUCUGGAUCACCCCUCAGAAUUCCGACGGUUAUCUGAGCGUGGCCGCUCGUCCGGGGAGGAGGCUGUUUAAGAGCUACCCCUCCUCCAUUCAUGACUGGAAAAACCGGUUCUUCUUCCUCCGCUAUGAUGGUCCUCCCCUCCCAGUUCGUUGGAAUGGCUACCCCCCGAAGAUUGAGUCGCCGGAGUUGACCGAUGACCUGAGCGAGGCCGUGGAAGGCAUCCUGCAGGGCGGCAUUCGCCCCAUAGCUGGCUAUCUGACCUUCGAGGCACUCUCGGGGGCAGGCAUAGGUACCGCCCGUGUCCUUGGAUUUUUUCCACCCUUCGACGCUCGUCUCGGGGCACCGGGCGGUCCUGUCCUUCGAGGUGAGUGUCCUUUGCAUUCUCUGUUCGUCUUUUAACCCUUUAUUAUUUUCCUGCAGGUUCUCCGCCAGAUAGAGCUCAGAUGAAUCACGCCGAAUGCCUGAAGACAAGGAAGGCCAAGCCGGCCGCUGCAAAAGCCGCGCUGGCGAAAGCCAAGAACGCCCCCUCCUCAGACUCCAACUCUUCGGCUUCUGAUGCUGCCCGGCAGACGGCCGAGGGUGAGCAGCAUCUAAUUGCCACGAUGUUGGCCCAGGGGUCCGGGGCCCCUGCUCUCCCGCCGCCGGUCGUCUCCACGAAGGCGGCCUCUCAGAAGGGGGGAGAAAAAGCCCCUGAGAAAAAACAAAAGAGGGGUCGCGAGGCAGUCUCCACUGGCCUUCUGCUCGAAGACGCCGGCGCCCUGCCCUUGAGCCGCCCGGCGGAGGAACUCUGGAGGGAAAUGGCCCUCAAAGCUGGCCUCGAGCUGCCCCGCCGUUCGUCCUCUGAAGCGACUAGUGCUGCCCUGGCAGCCGCUCUUCAGGUAAUUCCUCAUUACUAGAUCCGAGUACAUUUUUUCCUUGACGUUCAUCUUCUGACCAUUGCCUUUAAUUUCCCUUCUUUCAUCCAGUCUGGGCUUCUAGUCCUUCAGGCUGAAGCUGCCAGGGAGGCCGAUCUGAAGGAGGCCAAAGCGAAAGCUGAUGCCGCCCUGUCUCAAGCCCGGGAAGCCGUCCGUCGUGCUGAGGCGGAGGCUGCGGCCAAGGAGAGAGAGCUCGCAGCUCUGCGGGCUGAAUCCCGCAGCCAGCUGGCCGGCCUGGAGAGAGCCGGCUUCAAGCUUGUUCCGGUGCUCCCCGUUGAGAAGGGCGCCGACCCAGAGUGGCUGGUUGAAACCUCCGGCUUCAAGAACACCGGGGAGUUCAUGGACUCUGCCAGAGACUACUGCGCCGGGGCCUUCGGUGACGUGUUUUCUGCGGCUUUGGAAAAGAUACCGCCUCGCCAUCGUCUGGCCUGCGGCGUCCGGAUCCUCGAGAGCUCUCCUCUGUCCCACAAGUUCCUCUAUGAGGUCGGCGAUAGCACCUUCGCCGCUGGCUAUAAUGAGGGGGUUAAGGCCACUCUCCCGAUUUUUGCCAAGCUGCAGGGGGCUGACUUUGAUUUGGCCGCAAACACCGAUGACGAUCUGCUAAUCCAAGCUCUGGGAAAGCUAAGGAGGGACCGACGUCGGGAGGAGGCCAAGGCCAGGGGAGCGAUUCCGGAGCCACCAACCCCUGAGCCUGAAGUCGAGGAGGAAGAGCUGAACCGAGGCGGCAGUCGACCGGGGUCCCCUUUUCUUGUAUAAUACGAACUGUAAUUUCCUUACUUGACUAUGUAAUGUCCGGCCGUUAGAGCCGAAGAAUAUACGCCUUUUUUGCCCAAAAUUGCCUCUACGUUCAUGAUCUUUACUUCAUAUUUGUACUUUUGUUUCCUUCAUCGUCUGUUGUAUGGAAACUCCUUCGGCGCCUCGAUACACUUUGUAGCGGGGUUAGAGUCCGCGAGGACGUUCGUAUUUGUUCCUUACUUGCUCAGGGCAACGGCGUCCCCUUGCCAAACCUCCGUACAUACUCAAGUGUGCGGAGGUAUUGCUAAAGCCCGUCUCCGGGCGUCGAGGCUGGGCUCUGAUGCCGGCGUACCGCCCACAAAGUAUUCUGACAACGAAACAACGUUCGUCGGUGGCUUAUGAACGUAUACGGUAACGACGUUCGUCGGUGGCUUAUGAACGUAUACCUUAAAGUGUGGACAUAUGGACGCAUUUCCUAGAAUCAGCGUUUGGUAACGACGUUCGUCUGUUGCCGCGUGACAUGAAUAUUCAAGCUAUGUAUGGGGACGUUCGUCUGCUUCUACAUGUUCCAAUGUCAUGAAGUAUGGAAAGACGAACGUAGCCCAUCGAUGCGUAUGUUCCCCACUAGCCGCCGAUAUUAGGGACAGCCGAUGGUCGUGAUCUCCGGGCGUCUCCAGACCCCUCUGAGCCGGUAAGCCCCCCUGGGGGGACGUUCGUGGCAUCAACCGGAUAUCUUCGUUGUGGUUAUGCGGCGACGAAAUCGAGACGCUUUAAAUACCGUGGUAGGUACCGGUAUCCAGGCGCCACGUGUCCUGCCUCAGUUGGCGCGGUUCCGCGGUGCUGCCUAUAAGUACCCAGAACCCAUGUAACUCAUUCAUACUUCUCCUUAGGUUGCACAAUUGCCUUCUCUCUCUAGACUUCUCUCAAAUCGUAUCGGAAACCCGAACUCCCAAGGUACUGUUCAUUGCCAUGUAUUCCGAAAAUCGCUUCGAUGAUGGCUGUUCUUCCGGCGAUGAAUUGGAAUAUUAUGAGCGGGGGAUGCCGCCUCGGCCUCCCCGUUACAGUCUCAGUUUCUCGUGCGUUCGUCGUCAAACUCAACGCCUGACGAAUGCGGACAAGCGUCUGAUCAGCCAAUGGUUCUAUCCUCCAAGGACCUACGACGAUCGGCGUCUGCGCAACCCCAUGCGCCAUCUGCCCGGCUAUGAGGUGGUCCACUUGGAUUCGGUGAUAGCCGGGCUGAACUUUCCCCUACAUAGCUUCCACUUGGAGCUUUUCAGGGCCCUUGAGAUAGUGCCUGCGCAGUUAGUCCCUGCCGCCUAUCGGAUAAUCGCUGGCUUCAUCAUUAGAUGCCACAGCGUCGGUGUGACCCCCACCGUGGACCUGUUGUAUCAUUUCUUUCGGUUGUCCCCCUUCGGACGCACGGGGUAUUUGACCCUGAUCGCCCGUCCGUCCAUGGUCCUAUUCUCGAACAAUGCUGGGAAUCCGGAUGGUUGGGAAGAGCGCUUCUUCCUGGCCGGAGUAGGCUCACCGAUGCCAUUCUCUGACCGGUGGAAUGCUUACCCAGUGAAGACGAUCCCGCCGCCCAUGACGGACGAGGAGCUCGGAUAUGCCAAGCGCAUAGCCGGACUUGGCAUCCAGAACCUCCGGUUGCUGGUGGCCGAGCCUUUUAAAGCUCAGGCUGGGUUAGGUGCGUCCGUUUGUACUUGUAUUGUUUUAACAUCUCUUCGCUGUUAUGGCUCUGAACGUCUUGGUUCCCUUUGCGCAGAAAUUUUUCCAUCCACGUCUACCAUGAGCCGAGUCAACCCUGCUUCGACAGCCGCCGGCCGUGAGCACAAGGGGCAUGACAAGCCCGGGAAGCCGCUCGUCCCCAAGGUCGAACCUCGGGUGACCAGGGCACGAGCUGACGACACUUCGGGGGCCGGCGCCUCCAAGAGGCCGCGUGUUGAGGGUACCUCCUCCAAGGCCAUUAUCGUGGCCGAUGACUCCGAUGGGGAGCCCGGAAGCCCCCUCAAGCGGAAGCCCACUUCCCGGACCAAUCUCCGUGCUUCUCCUCCGAGGAAUUCUGACGUCCGCCGUCUCCGGGAUGAUGAUGCCCCAACCGCCAAAGGUUCUAACGACGCUCGUCC